GGCUCCGGGCCGCCAUGAGCCCGAAGGGGAGAAAGCUCCUGGUGGACUCGCUGACCCGAUCCGCCAAGCACUUUACCAAAAGCGAAGUGGAAUGUCUGAUCAAGCUCUACGACACGCUAGUGGCCAAGGCCAGUCGCCAGUUUGCUGGGGCCGGCUUCGACCGCACUGUGUUCCGAGACACGCUGUACAACUACUUUGGCAUGACGGAUGACACGGUGCUGGACCGAGUGUUCAUCAUUUUUGAUAAAGACAAGACUGGGCGCAUCACUGUGGAGGAAUGGGUGGAAGGCUUAGCACCGUUACUUCGGGGGACACUGGAAGAGAAGAUGAAAUACUGUUUUGCCAUUUAUGACCUGAAUGGUGAUGGAUACAUUUCAAAAAAGGAAAUGUUUGAAAUGCUGAAACACAGCCUUCUCAUACAACCAGGAGAUGAAGAGCCUGAUGAAGUAGUUAAGGACUUGGUAGACAUAGCACUGAAGAAAAUGGACCAUGAUCGUGAUGGCAAGCUUUCUUUUACGGACUUUGAAAAAGCAGUCAGAGAUGAAAACCUUCUCUUAGAAGCCUUUGGACCAUGUUUGCCUGACUUAAAGAGCACUAUGUCAUUUGAACAGAAAAUUUUCCGGGAGGUUCCUAAAAAGUAACUCCAAGUUGUAACUCCACUGCUGAAUACUGUUAAAAAGGGUCUUGGUCUUCGCCACUCUUCAUCAUACAGUAAAAACAGUCAUAUUUCAAGUUGCUCCUAAGCUUCAGUAUUCCUUUGCUGUUAAAGCUGUUGAAUAAAUGAAUUUACUUCUGUUACUCUGGCUAAAUAGAGUUCUUCUGUUAUAUUGAUAUAUUCUGUUCAUAUUAUA